CCGCGCCCGCCCUGCCCCUCCUCUCCUCGGCUGGGCUGUUCCCAGCGCCGCCUUCCAGCAGCCCGGACCCGCGGUGGGGAGGGGGAGGAAGAGGAGGAGGAGGAGGAGGAGGAGGAGGAAGAGGCCAGGGAAGCGGGAGGAGAGGGGAGGGAACGGGGCAGCCCCUUCCUGCCCGCCCCCGGCCCCAGCCCCGCGCCGUGCCUCAGUUUCCCCGAGCGCGGAGCCCUGGAGGCAGGAAGAGGUUAAAAUGCUGAGGUUUCCUGUUUGUGAUGCUCGGGAGGUGCACAACCGCUUUGCGUCCUCUGAGGCACUGCUGGAAAGAGACCGGGCUUGAAAGCCAGCUGGAAUUUGGGCUCUCCAGCGCCGAAACGCCUCUCCCUGCCCUGCCGAAGGCAGCGCGGCUCGGCUGCGGCGUCCUUCUCCCUGCGGCGUCCUUCCCCCCCUCCGGCACCUCGCCACGGAGCCGUGGGGCCGGCCGCUGCCUUCGGGGAGCUCCGCGUGAGGGCAAAGCUCAAUGGUUCAAAGGUACGCGCAGCACAGAGGAAGCCGCUCGCCACCCGCAGCCGUCCCCGUCCCCUCCCCUGACGUCACCCGCUGCAGGGUGACACCGUGGCUCGCUGGGUGCAGCACCCAGAGGAGGCUCAGCCAGGCGCUGUCAGAAAGAGGACAGAUUUUGGCGUCCCCCUCACCCAAAUCGCCGCGGGGUCCGCGACGGCUGCAGCACCCGCUGGGAAACCUCGCGCCGAGACACCAGGCUGCCAGCUGAGGCAGGAUGAGCGUGCCGGACGGCGAGCCGGCCAACCCGGCCCAUGCCCUGUUCGAGAGCUUCCUGCGGGCCGGGCAGUGCCAGGAGGUGCUGAGCUGCUUCGAGGAGCUGUGCCGGCAGCUGGGGCUGCAGGGCAGCGGGCUGCAGCUCUACCACGGCCUCAAGGCUGGCCUCAACUACUGGAACGCCAAGGCCCUGUGGAGCAAGCUGGAUAAGAAAGCCGGGCACAAGGACUACGACCAAGGCACGGCGUGCGCCAACACCAAGUGCCUGGUGGUGGGGGCUGGUCCCUGCGGGCUGCGGGUGGCCAUCGAGCUGGCGCUGCUGGGCGCCCGCGUGGUGCUGGUGGAGAAGCGCGACGCCUUCUCCCGCAACAACGUCCUGCACCUCUGGCCCUUCACCAUCCACGACCUGCGGGCGCUGGGGGCCAAGAAGUUUUACGGGCGCUUCUGCACCGGCACGCUGGAUCACAUCAGUAUCCGUCAGCUGCAGCUCAUCCUGCUGAAGGUGGCCCUGCUGCUGGGCGUGGAGGUGCACAUCAACGUGCAGUUCAAGGACCUCCUGCCCCCCGCCAGCGGGGGGGACGGCCAGGGCGGCUGGCGGGCUGUGCUGCAGCCCAGCUCCUCUCCCCUCAGCCACUACGAGUUUGACGUCCUCAUCUCGGCCGGCGGCGGCAAGUUCGUCCCCGAGGGGUUCAAGAGGAAGGAGACGCGGGGGAAGGUGGCCAUCGGCAUCACCACCAACUUCAUCAACCGCCACAGCCGGGCUGAGGUGGAGGUGUCGGAGAUCAGCGGCGUGGCGCGGAUCUACAACCAGAAGUUCUUCCAAAACCUCUACAAUAAAACAGGUAUCGACCUGGAAAACAUCGUCUACUACAAGGACGACACCCACUACUUCGUCAUGACGGCCAAAAAGCAGAGCCUGCUCAAGAAGGGGGUCAUCCUGCAGGACAAACCGGACAUCGAGAGCCUCCUGGCCGACGAGAACGUGAACCGGGACGCCCUCCUCAGCUACGCCAAGGAAGCCGCCAACUUCUCCACCAACUACCGCCUGCCCGAGCUGGAGUUCGCCCUCAACCACCGGGCCCUGCCCGACGUCGACAUGUUCGACUUCACCUGCAUGACGCGCUCCGAGAACGCGGCGCUGGUGCGGGAGCACAACGGGGCUCGCCUGCUGCUGGGGCUGGUGGGCGACUGCUUGGUGGAGCCCUUCUGGCCUCUGGGCACCGGCGUGGCCAGGGGCUUCCUGGCCGCCUUCGACGCGGCGUGGAUGGUGCGGCGGUGGGCGGCCGGGACCCCCCCGCUGGAGGUGCUGGCCGAGAGGGAAAGCAUCUACCAGCACCUUUCGCAAACCUCCCCGGACAACACCAACAAGAACGUCAGCCAGUACAGCAUCGACCCCGCCACGCGCUACCCCAACAUCAACCUGCACGCCAUCAAAGCCAACCAGGUCCGGGACCUCUACCUCGUGGGCACGGUGGAGGUGGACCACAAGAAGAGGAGAGACAACCGGCUCAGCACCGCUGUCUCCGGAGACGCCUACGAGGAGCUGCUGCGGUGGUGCCAGGCCAGCACGGCCGGGUACCGCGGCGUGGAGGUCACCGACUUCACCAGCUCCUGGACCAGCGGCUUGGCUCUCUGCGCCCUCGUCCACCGAUUCCGCCCCGACCUGGUGGAUUUCCACGCCGUGGACCCCCAGGAUCCCGUCGGGAUCCACCAGCUGAUGCUGGACACGGCGGAGCAGGAGCUGGGCAUCCAACCCGUCCUCUCCAGCACCGAAAUGGCCUCGAUGGCAGAGCCCGACCGCCUGGGGCUCAUCACCUACCUCAGCCAGUUUUAUGAAGCCUUCAAACCUUCUCCGCAGCAGUCGGCGGAGGUGAGCAGGAAGCCGCUGUCCCCCCGCGGCACGAGGGGCGCCAUCCUCUUCCUCAGCAAGCUGCAGAAGAGCCGCACCCUGACCCACAAACGUGCCCAGGAGAGCGCCCAGAAGGACCCCGAGGCCAAAAAGUUCCACAGGGACGCCGAGGUGGACGCAGCACUGGACGGAGACCCUCUGGAUGGUGACCACAGCCAGCCACCAGCCGCCACCGUGGACCCCGCGCAGCCGCCGUCCCGUGGGGAGAGCAGCGACGCCUGCUACUUCUGCGGCCGGCGCGUCUACAUCCUGGAGAGGGCCAGCGCCGAGGGGCACUUCUUCCACCGGGGCUGCUUCCAGUGCUGGCAGUGCGGGGCCACGCUGCGCCUGGGCGACUACGCCUUCCACGAGGAGGACGGUCAUUUUUACUGCUUGCUUCACGACCCCAACGCCCCCGGUAUGGAUAUGCCCCCCAGUGAGCCCCCGGUGCUGCCCGAUGGGGAUGUCAAUGCCAACCCCACGUUUUCGGAUGCUGAGAGCCCCUGUGCGUCCCCUGAGGGCGAGGAGGUGCUCGGGUCCCCGCAUUCCCCGCCGGCAACCCCAGAGCUGGGGGAAGAACCCGGGGCAGAGGAGGAUGCUGCGGACACCGGGGAGGUGGAGGAGCAGGAGGUGGCACCCUCGGGGAAGGAUGAUGUCCCGGAGGAGGACGAGGGUCCCGGCGCAGAGCCCCAACGGGAGGCAGAGGAGGCUGAGGAGGGAGGAGGCAGGAGGAAGAUCGUCCUCUCGCCCCUGGAGAAGCUCAGCCUGUCCACGCUGAGCCUCACCGGGGAUGCUGAGGCCGAGGCGCCCCCAAAACCAGCCCGGCUGCGGCUGCAAGCGGCACCCGAGGCCCUGCCUGCCCUGCGGCCGGGGCUGGCUGCCUGGGAGGAGGAGGAGGAGGAGGACCACGAGGUGGACAUGGAGGAAGAUUCAGAGGAGAGUGACAGCGAGGAAGAGGAGGAGGAGGAGGAGGCAGAGGAGGAGGAAGGCCUGGACCUGGGCACCAUAGGGGAGUCUUGCCCGAUCCUCGGGGACCUGAAGUACGCCACCUGCAAGCGCACGCUGCCCCGCCGGGUGCGGGAGGCACAGAUGAAGCGGUUCUGCAAAGCACAGGCCAUCCAGAGGCGGCUGGAGGAGAUCGAAGUGACCUUCCGCGAGCUGGAGCAGCAGGGCAUCAAGCUGGAGAAGUUCCUCCGGGAUGAGGGAGGCAGCCCAGCCGACCAGAAGACGCAGUGGAUGAACCAGCUGCUGUACCUGGUGCAGAAGAAGAACAGCCUCAUGUCCGAGGAGUCAGACCUCAUGAUUGCGGUACAGGAGCUGAAGCUGGAGGAGCAGCAGUGGCAGCUGGACCAGAAGCUGCGCUGGUACAUGGAAAAGGAGGAAGCCCUGAAGACAGCCGAAGACUGCGUGGCCGAGAAGGAGACCCUGGCACAGCUGCUGGACGUGGUGAACAAGCGCAACGCCCUCAUCCAGAUGCAGGAGGAGAAGCGGCUCAGCGAGCUGCACGCCUGACCGACCCCCCCAGCUCCUCCCGGGGGGGGCACGAGCAGACCCCCCCCCGGCCGACCACCGCCCUGAGCUGCCUCGCGGGCAGCUGCUGCCGUGGCAAAGCCAGGUCCCCGCUUGCCAAAAGCUGCUGCGGAGGGGCCAGACCCGCU